AUGACUACCAAGAAUGAAAAUUCGAUAAACUGUAAUAGUUCUCAAAAUGAAGCCAAAGGACGUCAGAAUAGUGAUAGAAAUACUGUAAAGAAAAUUCCAAAAAUGGAUUUAAAUAAGUCUGAUUUAUUAAAGCUUUUAAGCUAUUUAGAGGGUGAACUCCAAGCAAGAGACAUUGUUAUUGCAACUUUAAAGUGUGAAAAAGUAAAAUGUAUGUUAAGAAACAGAGGCAGUGAUCGUGUUGUUAAAGAUCCAUUGGCAGCUUUACAGCGUGAUUGCUUUGCCACCUUUGAAACAAAUAAUGAUAGUCUUUCAUAUCAACAAUUAGGAUCGCUUGAAAAUCUUGUAUUACAGCAAAGGAGAACUCAUUUGAGGAUAGCUAAUGUCUUAAAAGAUAAUCAAGUUAUGCAUCGAAAGAUAUUAGAUCUGGAGCGAUUAAAAAAACAACAGCUUCAGUAUGAAUACAAAAAGUUGCACAAUACUUUUGAAGAAGAACGAAUAAAACACAAACAAAUCGUAUUUUUUUUACUAGCUGAGAGAAAAAAAAUUGUAAUGAAAUAUAUUGAAGAAAGAAAACGUUCUGAAGACCUUGGACAAAUAUUAAGUGAAGAAAAAGGUAAAAUUGAUUCAAUGGCUGAAGGGCUGGAAGAAGAAAGUAAAAAGUCAUUACAGAUGGAAGCAGAAUUAGAAAAACAAUUGGCUUUGUUUGAUACCGAAAGCAAAAAGAUGAUGGCAGCUCUAAGCUUGGAAGAAAAAAAAACAAAUACUUUAGAAGCAGAAUUAACAAAAUGUCGAAGUGAAAUUAUUUCAUUAGAAAAAGAACUAAGUGAAGCACUUCAUAAUAAUUUGAUGGAACUUUCCAGUAGAUCUUCAGUUUCAGGUGUAAGAAUUAUGUCUUCUCCUAGUGAUCCAAUAAUGAGUAGUGUUGCAAAAGUGGUUCAACCUACAGCAACUGCAUCUAGUGUUCGAGUUUCUGGUCCAAUGACUGGAAUUGCUCGAUCAGUAAAUCCUGGUCAAAGUUUGCGUUGUUUGAAACCAAUUAGUGGUAAAACUAAUGAUACACAGGGAGAUAAACCUCAAGACGAUGAAGAUUGUUCUACACCUUUAGACACCAUUAAAAAACACCCUAUUUCGUUUGGUCGUAGUAUGCAAUCGGACUCUGGUUCAACUAGCACUGUCAAAAAAUCAUUGUUUGGUAUUCAACGUAACAUGUCUGUUCCCAAUGCUUCCGAAAGCAAUAUUCCUGGAUUAAUUAAGAAACAAAUAACAACAGUGGGACGUGGGACACCACCUCCUGUACCGCCUAAUAAACCUAUUAUACCACCAAAAAAGGAUCUAAUAUCAUUCAUAAAAAAGGCAUCAAUUGCUGACAAUGCUGCUUCUACUGCUGACAAAGAUCAAAAAGACUCUCAACUUAGGCAUAAUAGUUUUUUGCCUAAUGAGAUUGCUCCUGUAGAUAAGCCAGAUGAAAUGGUAAAAAAUUAA